GUAGGAUCCCAGUUAUAGGAAGGACGGCGGCUCCCAGAAGGAAGGCUGCAGCGGCUCCUCGGUUACAGGUAGGAUCCCAGUUAUAGGAAGGCCGGCGGCUCCCAGUAGGUAGGCUGCAGCGGCUCCUCGGUUACAGGUAGCCCGGCGCGGUCGGAGCCCGAUAAGACGCCGUCCCGGUACCGCCCACGCCGUGGGUGGGCGGUGGGUGGCCCUCUCAACGAUAGUGAACUGCUCACCGCUCCCAGACGCGCCUUAUAGCCCAGUGCGCCGCUGGGCCGGGUCGGUGUCGUCUCGGAGAGGGCCAGUGCGCUGGACAGGCCGGUCGGCUGUGACAGUCACCAUGCGUCUGCAGGCUGCUGUGUUCCUCCUCACCAUCGCUGCCGGCCGGGCCGUCCCGCGGCGCGGCCCGGCGGCCCGCUCCGUCUCGGUGAUCCAGGGCGAGACGGCGGCGCGCGGCGAGUUCCCCUGGGCCGCCCAGCUGAAGCGGCACGGCGCGCACGUGUGCAGCGCAGUGCUGGUGUCCGAGCAGUGGCUGGUGACGGCCGCCCACUGCCUGACGCCCGACCCGGACACCGCCGCCUACCAGGUGAUUGUGGGCGAGUACGACGUCAGCGUGGACGAGGGCUCCGAGCAGACGCGGUCCGUGGCCGAGGUGGUGUUCUCCGAGCUGUCGGACGGACAGAACGACAUCGCCCUGAUCCGGGUGGACACGCCCGUCCAGCUCUCCACCUAUGUGAAGACCAUCGAGCUGCCCCAGUUCGAGGAGGAGUUCGCAGGUAAGACAGCCGUGGCCAGCGGCUGGGGCGUCUCGGGCUCGACGGCCGUCGGGCCCACGUUCCCCGACCGACUGCAGAAGGUGUCGCUGCAGGUGGUCUCGGACGCCGACUGUCUGGACAGCCUGGUGCUGUUCCAGUUCGUGCCGGGCCCCAUGUCGUGCGCGCGCCCGCCGCCGGGCAGCAGUCUCUGCUGGGGCGACUCGGGCGGCGCGCUGACCUUCUACCGCUGGUCGGGCCGGCCCGUGCUGGCCGCCGUCACCUCCUGGGGCGUCGACUGCGACCUCAACAGCAGGCCCUCCGUCUUCGUCGACGUCGGCUUCUUCGUGAAAUGGAUCGAGUCCGUUAUCGGGAAGUGAAUCGGCGCCGAGCCGUUACCGUGCACUUCAUUACCGGGCUGUGAUGAGCAAUGGGGCACAUUUUUUUCACAUUGCGUAUGCUUGGAGCGCACCAAACCACAGCCUUCUUUGUGAUCUCCACCCUCGGAGCCAUGCUCUGGCAAGUCGCUGUUUUUCUGUAUCGCGUUUUGUUUUGUGAUAUUCUGCUAUGGAGAGCCGAUUAUGUGGCGCAACAAGGUCUCCUCGAUAAUAUUUCAUUUUGUUAUUCAUGCGAUAAGCUUUUCUUCUUUCAUCGCUACUCCGACCUUCGAGCUACAUGCAGGUUGGGUAAAAUGCGAACUGCCAAAGGCAGGUAAUAUUUACUUGCAUCGUGUGAUAAAAGACGUCCACUUAUUUUCCCUGGAUAGGAUCCAAUGCCAAAGUAGUGCAAAUCAACGAUGUGAACUAAAUAAAACUUUAAGGCAGCA